UACAAUAUUGAUCUCACUUGCUUUCUCAAAGAACACAUGACGAGUUUUCAUCUUCUAGCCAAGACCUCAAACGAAUUUCAGCUUAAUCAAAUUAUGCCUAACUGUCUCAGUCUUUUGAAGGCGAGUUCAAGAUGUGAUAUCAUCGAAAUCAGGCCUCGCUUCAAAGCGACUCUAAAUUGAGCCGUUCUCAGGCCUCUCGGAUUUCACACCAAACCCAGCUUUCCACUGCCCCAUUUGGCCGAUUGAAGGCGGGACCCACGAGAAGGAGGGAGAACAUGGGUCUUGCCGGCCGUGCCUGGCUCCAAUAGCCUCUCGCUCUCACGUCCCUGUUAGGCUUCAUGCCACCCAGUCGGUUCCCGAGUGUCAGCUUGGAUCCCUCUCCCCUCCAAAGCCUUUUACCUUCAUGCUCCCGACUUUUGGCGCGUCUUGGCCUCUGUCUAACGAAUGGACAUGGCGUAGUACUAGCUGUACUUGACGAUGAUGAUGUCGUCGUCGGAGAAGAGGACGUGUAGGUUAGAGGAGUCUGGCUCUGGUGGUUGGACGGAUGCAGUACGCUCACGGCGCCUCUGCCUACUGAACCUGAAUCCUCGGGUGGAAUCGCAGGCAUUGGAGACGCGGACCAGCGACGACUGGAGGGAUCUGAGAAAGGGCUUUCCUCCGACUGUGCCUCGUGAUCAAGAGGAUCGUAGUGGGCGAUCUGGGCGGCGGGUAUUAGUGGAUGUAGGAGCGCCUCCUUCGCCACUCAUUGCCACCAACACGACUAGGCCGGAUUGUCCGAUAGAUGAUCAUCGGCCAAAGUGCAUGCAGGAGCCUGAAAAAUUGACCUGGUAGGGCAGUUGAGCAAGAAGGCAAGAAGGGUACCACCACCAUCAACACCAACACCACCGUAGGAGGAUCGGCCUGUGAUUUAGGCGCCUGGACACCUGAUCUUAUGGUCUGACUUAAGGGUAGUGUUGGCUAGUGUGGGUGAGAGCGUUGCUUCAGGUUUUUUGGUCUGAAAAUGCCCGUGUGCAAGGCAGAGGCCCACAGAGCCUUGGAGCUUUUGGAGGACUACUAUGCCCGCUUAGAUGAAACAGACGAGAAGGAGCUCAAGUCUGCCAUUGAGAGAGUGAUCAAGAUCUUCAAGUCACGACUGUUCCAGGCUCUUUUAGAUAUACAAGAGUUCUAUGAACUCACGUUGAUGGACGAGUGUAAAACAAGUGCCAUCAAGACCACAGAAGCGUUAGAAAUGGCCACCCGUUGGGAAACCACCAACCGACCUUUUGCUAAAGGCUACAACGGAACUCAUGAUAUGAGUGGAGGCAUGGGAAGGCCCACUCUGCCCCCCCAGUUUAAGGAGGAGCUCAUGAGCAAGCUUCCCGAGAUGAGGCAUUACGAUCCAUCUUCGACGUCAACGAUGUCUGAUAGUGGAAUCACGGCCCCCGUCAAUAAUGCCGUGGCGGCUCCGACCACAGUCUCUGCAGCCAAGGUCACGCCCUACGAGUAUGAUGAAAUUGCACUUGAAAGAGGCACGUAUGGCCUCGGUUUCUCAAUUGCUGGGGGAGUGGAUAACCCCCACGUGGGCAGUGACACCUCCAUAUAUAUCACGAAGCUCAUCCCGGGGGGCGCAGCAGCCUUAGAUAAACGUCUCCGUGUUGGCGAUAUUAUCUUGAAGGUCAACGACACAAGUGUGGUGAAUGUUUCUCAUAGUAUUGCCGUAGAGGCCUUGAAAAGAGCGGGAAACCGCGUGGUGUUGUCCGUGAAAAGAAAGUUGGCACAAGUGAAAGACAAUGAAGAGCUCUUAGAAGUCGAGUUGCUGAAGGGAUCAAAAGGUUUGGGCUUCACUAUUGCGGGUGGCAUUGGAAACCAACAUAUACCCGGAGAUAACGGUAUCUACGUGACGAAAGUCAUGGACGGCGGGGCUGCCGCGGCAGAGGGAAGAAUCGAAGUCGGGGAUCGGUUGGUAUGCGUCAAGAACUUCCCGGGCGGCGAAUUUGUCUUGGACAAUUGCACUCACGAAGAAGCCGUUAAUGCCCUGAAGAAAUGCAAAGAUAAAGUCGUAAUGGUGGUGAGCAAGGGCGACACUCACUACCCGUCGUCGCCCACGAUGGGCCAAAUGCAACCGUUAGAUAAUUACACAAUGAAGAGAUCGGUCUCGGACGAAGAGUUACGGAUUCCAAGGGAUGUCGUCCUCCACAAGACAGCUGCUGGGCUAGGAUUCAACAUUGUGGGCGGGGAGGAUGGGGAGGGAAUAUUCAUUUCGUUCAUUUUGGCGGGAGGACCAGCCGACGUUAGCGGCCAGGUUCGUCGAGGAGACAAAAUACUCAGUGUGAACAAGAUCGACCUCAGCACGGCCACUCACGAAGAUGCCGCCAUUGCCUUAAAGAACGCUGGUUCCACAGUGGCUCUUAGGCUUCUCUACUGCCCCGACGAUUACGAAAAGUUCGAGGCCAAGAUUCAUUCCAUUAAGAGCCACGUUAUGGCUGGCAGUGUGCUAAAAAUGUCAGAGAAGAAGAGUUUGUACGUGCGGGCCUUGUUCGACUACGAUCCUUCGACCGACGAGGGCAUUCCCACCAAAGGUCUCCUAUUUUCUUUUGGAGACAUUAUUCACGUCAUCAAUGCGUCUGACGACGACUGGUGGCAAGCCAGAAAGAUUGAUCCUUUGGGCAAUGAGCUCGGCGUAGGCCUGAUUCCCAGUCGGAACCGUUGGGAGCGGAAGAUGCGAUCCAAAGAUCGCAGCAUCCGUUGGGAUCGCGAUGGCUCGGGAAAACGCACCAAAAAGUCUUCCAACGAUCUGGAUGGGGAACAUGAGAACGGAGUCAGGGACGGGGCCGAGACCAUCAUCUCGUACGAGCUGGUGCAACAGAUUGAAAUCGAGUACACGCGACCAGUUAUCGUCCUCGGACCUUUGAAGGAUCGUAUUAAUGACGAACUCAUCUCGGAGUUCCCCGACAAGUUCGGCUCUUGUGUUCCCCACACGACUCGCCCCAAACGCCAAUUUGAGAUGGAUGGUCGAGAUUAUCAUUUUGUUCAGUCUCGCGACACCAUGGAACGCGACAUCCAGAACCACAAGUUUAUCGAGGCUGGGCAGUACAACGAUAACCUUUAUGGUACUUCCAUUGCCUCGGUCAAAGAGGUAGCCGAACGAGGUAAGCAUUGCAUCCUAGACGUGAGUGGGAACGCCAUCAAACGGCUCCAAGCGGCCCGUCUCUUCCCCGUGGCCAUCUUCAUUCGACCACCAAGCAUUUCCUUCAUCAAGCAUGUCAAUGAUGAUAAGAUGCCCAAAGAGCAAUGCGAGAAGAUCUACAAUCGGGCCAAGCGCCUGGAAAACGACUUUAUGCAAUACUUCACGUCCAUCGUGGAAGGUAGUGAUUUUGAUGACGUUUACAGCAAAGUGAAGCGGCUAAUCAGUAUUCAUUCGUCCACCAAGAUUUGGGUGCCGGCGAAUGAAAUGUUCUGAUCAGUUUGUUAUGAACUUCCCUAGUCAUGCUACCGGCGGAUUAAUUACAACCUAAUUAUUGAUUAGCAUCAUAUUGGCAUCAAGAACUAAAGAGAACUGCAAUUAUCAUUAUGAAUCCUUAGAUACAUUUCUGCUUUGAAUUGGUCGUCGUCCUUAUAAUGGUACUACUGCUUUUAUGCGUUGUCAAAUUUAUGUGUACAAACCCAGUAUCCUCAAGAAGAUGUGGUUAUUCAAUGUUAGAAGACAAACGCAAGACGCCGUUUGAGCUACAACUAUUAUCGCAACAACUCCAGAAACCUCUACAUGAAUCUGCAACUAAUACUAUUAAUAUGAAUAGUACUUCAUCUCGUACUCUCAUCAUUACCACCAUCACUAUUAUUCUCAUUAUAAUUAUUAUUACUAGUACUGCUGCUGGUACUAUUACUACUACUACUACAACAACAACAACUACUACUACUACUACCACUACUACUACUACUACUCCUCCUACUACUACUACUACUACUACUAAAAUUACCAUCUCCAACCAUGCUUGGCCAACAUUCUCCAUUUACCAGAAAACAAACUCCCUUCCUUCAACCUGGUUGAUGUUGCUAUAUAUUCUUACGAAGGUAUGAUUGUUCUCAUCAUCAUCAUAACCGGUUCAUUUCUGUUUCAACCGUGCCGUUUAUUCCAUUCAUAUUUUUGACUCCAUGGAUACAUAUUCGAACUUUCUCUCCAAAAGGCAAGCCCAUAUUUAUCUAGAUUUACUAUUGUAAUAUCCACACAAAUCUUUGAAAUAGAUCUGUUACUGUUUUGCUCUUUCAUCAUAAA